AUGAAGCGAAUCCUAUUUCUCACUACCGUUCCACCACACACUAUCGAGAAAUAUGUUUCCGAUGAUGAUUGGUCGAACGAAAUGUUACCACCUCUUCUCUCGAAAAGGGGCGCCUCUGUAACCAUCAAAAGAUGGAUGGACGAGGACAUUAUCCCCUUUAUCCUAGACAGCGACGUGAUUACUUUUCUCUGGGCUGAAGACUAUAUCCAGCAUCCUAUUGCCUUCGGAGAAUUCUUGGAUGCGGCCAAAAAAGCAAUUGAAACAGUGGAAAUGGGCGCAAAUCGUCCCUGCGUGGUGAAUCAUCUCGACCUGGUCCAAUGGAACAUGGACAAGAAGUACCUCCUUGAUAUGCAACGCGCCGGAUUCGACAUACCCAAGACGGAAAUCUUCGAUGCUGAGCAAUUUGCCUGCACCCCAGGACUACAUUAUCGACUACAGGCAUUUCAAUUAUCUGGGCCUAUCGUACUUAAACCAUCUGUCUCUGCGUCCUCCAACAACACUCGACUCAUCCCAGAUAUCUCAACACCAUCAGCUGAUGAUGUGGCGUAUCUAGAGCUAUGUGUGAAAGGCGGCCUGGGAAGUUCCUUGGUUGUACAGAAGUUCGAGCCAGCCAUCACCACAGGCGAAUAUUCUUUUGUGUUUGUCGGGGAAAAGCUGUCUCAUGUCAUGUUAAAAGCGCCCAAGAAUGGCGAGUUCCGCUGCCAGCCCCAAUUUGGCGGCGAAAUUAGUCGCAUUCCAAUCGCAGAUAUUGCGGAGGCAACUUUAUCGACGGUGUAUUCUGUUUUCGAUACCCUCAAGGAUUGGUUCGGAAAAGGAUCAACAGGGGAAAUGGGAUACGUACGCAUCGAUGGUUUGGUGGCCGAAGAUCGUCCAUUUGUUCUCAUGGAGAUUGAAGCUAUCGAGCCAAGUCUGUAUCUCGAAAUGGGGGGCCUUGAAGAUAUGAUUUCUCUUUUGUUGAAAUAG